CAAUUUAAAUUUCCGCAUUGAGCGAUCACUAGUUGCGCUGGUUCAUGAUCUGCAGCUGUAGCAGUGGCAGCAGCUAGUAGCCUGGGAACAAUGUCAAGGCUUCUUUUGAGGACGAACUUGAGGGCUUGUAUGGCCUCUCAGAUCAGGAUGGCAUCUGACCAGCUCGGGGAGUUGGGCAAAGGUGCAGGAAAAGGUGGUGGUGGAGGAGGCUCUGUGAGGGAAGCAGGAGGUGCGUUUGGGAAGAGACAAGCUGCAGAAGAGGAGAGAUAUUUCAAGCAGAGGGAGAGGGAGCAGAUGGAGGCUCUGAGGAAGCAUCAUUCUGAGGAAAUUGAGCACCAUAAAAAAGAAAUUGAGCGUUUAAAGAAAGAGAUCAUCCGCCACGAGGGAAAGGUCAGAAGACUGAAGCACGACGACUGAAGAACCUAACACCAAUCUACUCCAAGCAUCAUAUCACUGAUUCUGCUAGCUACAGGGCUAGACCAUUUGGUCAUUUAUUCCAAUAAAAAGUCUUAAUUUUUCA